ACAUUCGAUCAAUAAAGGCCUACAUGGUUAUGCAGAUUAUUUCACUUUCAACAGCUCGAUCAUGCGCAUUUUCAUCCGCAUUCUUUGCUUACAUAAUUUCAUAUCAGGAUCUUUUUCCCAUCAAGAAUAUUGCUCGGAUUCGGGGUGAAAUUGGAUUGAAACCUGAAUAUAGAUGCAUAAUGGAAGUCAACAGCAAUACCAAACUGAAUGGCGAGUGUAUUCUAAGAUUAUUCAUCGAGAGUGGACUCCACCCGCGUUUCGGUAAUGCCUUUUGGCCUAAAGCGGCCGUUUGCGUCUGUCUUGUGACAUUUUUUGGCGGGAGAAAAACACUUCUCCUCCGGCAGUGCAGUCCUCAUCACCACGCCGAACAUGGCGUCAUCGAGUACCUUCGAAGAGUCUAUCACGGAAGGGUAUUCUCCGUCAAAAUCUACUGCAACUAUUCGCCAUGCAGCAAACCUGGGUUCGAAUGCUGCAGCAGGAUUUUUAAGAUGAAGGAAGACCUGAUGAGGAACUUUGAUGAAAGGAUGGGGGCUUAUCGCUUCGGAGAUUCCUUUUCUUUUGAAUUCAUUUUCGCUCAGAUCUACAACAUUGCCAGACCAUCUUGCUGGAGAAGACGUUGCUUCUUGCAAAUGGGCCCGUAUGUGCAUUCUCAACCAGAACCAAACGACCGCAGUGUAGGUAUUCUCUGUUCCUUUGGUCCCAACAUGAGAAGCUUCCAAGGGGCCGACUGGGAGGGGCUCAUCGACUUACUGGCUACUUGGGACAUGAGAUGUGGGAUAAGCCACGUUCAUAUCUGUUUUCCUUAUCUAAUGUCGAUUCGUUUUGGGGAGUAUGGCAACUGGCGUGACAUAGAAGAUGCAAAAGUGAGAACAGAUUUCGAAAUCUUAAAAAGAAACUAUUCCCCUUCAACAUGUGUCUCAUCGUAUCAUAUUUGGUGAUUUUAACACCCAAGUUGCCAAAAUAAAAAAAAACAUUGUUCAUAGUUUGUUAUGGGAGCUAUGGUAUGCCCAUUUUUUAAAUUGUAAAUAUAUUUUUUAGACAGUAUCGUGUUUAUUUUUCUAUCUAAUUCAAUAUCAAUAUAUUUUAUCAAAGAACUAUUUCCCAACACUCACUUGCUCAGCAACAGCAAGAAAACUGGUACCUUCACCUACAGUGUAUCUUAAAAAGUAUUCUCUGGUCAUGCUGGUUGCUCCUGAAGGACCGGGCUGAAGAUGGCAUAGGCAUACUCUUAAUUCAUUUUCUUGGACUUUCACAAUAGUUACAAUAAGUCGUUGAACGUAACUACCAAUUAUUAACAAUCUCUUCUCAUUGACAAGUUUUUGUUUGACCAAGGGGUACGGGUUUAGUUCAUCGGGGCAAACAGAAUUUUAACACCCAGCUGGACCUGCGACCACCUUCUAGGGGCAUCUAUUUAUUUAUUCAUUGUUAAAGGACAAGUCCACCCCAACAAAAUGUUGAU